UUCCUAGUCCAUAGAGAUUUAACCUCUCUUCAAUUCACGUUGACGUUUGAGGUUAACUGCUGUAUUAAAAGUAAUAAUUUGUGAUAAAUUUUAAUUAAAAUGACUGUGGAAAAGCGUAAACGUGUCUCGAAAAAACGCAAAAUAGCAUGGAGAAAACAUUCCAAAAUAAAAGACGUAGAGGAUUUCCUGGAGGAACAAGGAUUCGAGGAAAGAAUUGGUAAUAUUAUCGAGCAAAAGUCCGACAAGGAGCUUUUUCAUCUUGAUACAAAUACAACAGAACCUGCUAUUUUGAGCAAAAAAGAAAAGAGGAAGAUAUUAACAGAGAAACCUCUAAGGAGUUUUUCUGCUUUCCAACAACCAGUUUACCUUAAUUUAAAAAGUAACACAAAACGAGAUAUUAUCUCAAAAAGGUUACAAAAGCGGUUAAAAAUGAAAGCAAAAGAAACUUUGAAACCUUCAGAAGUGCAGUCAUUAAAAGAUACAAAAAUAGCUAUGGAGAAAAAAAAGCAACAAGCAAUGGAAGAUAAAUAUAAUGCUGAUUUAUGGAUUACAGAAGAUUCAAGGGAACCAGAACUUCAAUCAGAAUGGGUAAGCAACAGUACAAGGCAGAAUAUUUUACGUGGAGAGAGCAAAUUUCGCAAAAUACUUCCCAAAAUAACUAGGUGGAAGCAAACCAUUUUACCUUCAGUUGAACCACCUCACCCAGGGAUGUCGUACAACCCUUCCUUUGAAGAUCACCAAGCAUUACUGAAAGAAAUCGCUGAUAAAGAACAGAAAAUUAUCAAAGAAGAACAACAUUUAAAUCGAGUCACAAACAAAAUGUUUAGAAAAAUUACUCGUGAACGGAAUCAGGAAAACUGGAUAGAGGAGAUGUCUCAGGGUUUGCCCCAUGCACAAAAAGAGGAUAAUUCAGACAGCGAAGUGGACACAAGUGGCCCCAUUUCUGUAAAUCCUCCUGUUGUUAACAAGAAAAAGGAUUUGAAACAACGACGGAAACAAAAGGAACAGCAAAAGCUCCGUCAUGCCCUCAAACUCGCAAAAAUCGAAAGACGAAAAGUAGCUGAUAUUUACAAACUGAAACAGAUCAAAACAAAAUUAGUGAAAAAUGAAGAGAAACUGGAGACACUCCAACAAAAAAGAACAGUCAAAAAGAAGGAGAUGAUCCAUAAACCCAAACGAGUGGGCCCAAAGAAAUAUGAAGAGCCUGAUUUGGAAUUUACAGAAAUUAAAGAUCUCACGGGGAACCUAAGAACACUUAAAAAAGAAGGCAACCUGCUCAUGGACAGGCUGAAGAGCUUACAGAAAAGGAACAUUGUAGAACCGACUGCCAGACGUACCAAGAAGAAGGCUAAGGUGAAACAGUUCAUUAAACCGGGACACAAAGAUGAUUGGAAGGUUACUGUGGCCAAAGCAAAAUUACAGCCUAGACCCUUGCUCAGGAACAAGAAAAUUAUCAGUGGGGAUAGUUUUUAAGGUAAGAAGUGUUAUGUAUUAAUGCAAAGAAAUAAAUUCAGGCAAAUAUAGAGGAAAAAUUAAUAAUUUCUUUGAUCCACUCAUCAAAAUGGACAAUAUUUAAAGAUAAAUGAGGACCAAAAAUUAGUAGUUUUUGUUUCUUCAAAAUUACAUAUAGCAGAAUCAACUUUGUAAUAUGUAUUGUCUUAAAUACAAACCUCCCUAUCUGUUUGAA